UUUCGCGACUACCAUCCAGAGAAAUUUUCCGGCCAGGGAGAUCCCCGAAUUGUGAACGAAUGGGUCCAGGGCCUUGAAACGAUUUUCGAGGUCAUGGACUGUCCCGACCGUUAUCGCAUUCUAUCUGCACAGAUUCAAUUAACGGGCGACGCACGUCUCUGGUGGAAUGCCUACAGGGGAAUGCGUCCCGGCGAAAAGGAAGGUUGUACGUGGGACAAGUUCAAGGAGUUGAUUCGCGAGAAAUAUUAUCCCGCGUACUAUCGAGCAGAACUGGAGCGUCAAUUUCUGGCGCUCAAACAGGGUACUCGUUCAGUAGAAGAGUACGAGCGAGAAUUCACUCGACUUGGAGCCUUUGUUCCCAAUCUGGUGAGCAUAAAGGCAAAGAGAUCGAGAUGUUUCACUGGCGGGCUUUUACCAGCAGUCCAUCAUAACAUUGUAGGUCACAGCUUCCAGACCUAUGCCCAUACUGUCAACAUAGCCCAGGAGGUUAACGCAAGUAUUCAGAGGGAGGCCAACCACGAUCGUCUUCAGCCAUUUGCCUCUGCCAUUCAUCCUCAGCCCCAUCAGUUCAACCAGCUGCUGCCCAACAACCGAAGGACAAAAAGAGAAAGGGGAAAGGCUUCCAGACUGACAGGAGGAUCCGUCCGAGACAACCAGGUGCAGCCAAACCGCAGCAAAUUCCACCAUUCACUACUU